AUGAUACAAAGGCCUGGUACCAGUACUCUAACACAAGUCUUCGUUCGAAAAUUAUUUCAGUUCUAUCAGCAAGAAGCCUCGAAAUUGCGUGCACAAAUAGGGAAUUUGCAGAACUCAAACAGGAAUAUGCUGGGUGAGUCUCUUGGGUCUUUGAGUGUGAGGGACCUCAAGAACCUGGAGAGUCGUUUAGAGAGAGGCAUUAGCAAAAUCCGAUCCAAAAAAGUACUAAAUGAACUGCUGUUUGCUGAAGUUGAAUUUAUGCAGAAGAGGGAAGUAGACUUGCACAACAACAAUCAGUACCUCCGAGCCAAGGUCUCUCUCUCUCUCUUUCUCUGUGCGUCUCAUGUGUAUGGGUGUAUGAUAGCUGAGAAUGAGAGAGCCCAGCAGCAGAUGACCUUGAUGCCUGGAAAUUCAGACUAUGAACUCCUGCCACCACAACCAUUUGAGGCUCGAAACUACCUCCAAAUUAAUGGGCUGCAAUUGAACGAUCAUUACUCCCGACAAGACCACACAUCCCUUCAGUUGGUGUAA